AUGCCUAGCAUUGAGGAGAUCAUAAUGGAAAAGGAUUUGUGCAGUUUGUUCAGAGCAUCACUUGCAAGAGGUAAGAAUAUGAUUCCAAACAAGCACAGGGUUGUUGGAAGAAUACGAGCAUUUGAGCCUAUGUCAAUUGAUGAUUUGGAGGGAUUUAUGGAUAGAGAGAUUGUGAGUGAACUAGAGAAGUUUAAAAGAUGGUCUGUGCUCAAGGAAAUCAGGAGAUAA